GGAUCUGCCGCUCCCUACCUACGGAUACAGCACACCUACCGCAGUACACCAAGAAGCACCCUAACCUUGUCGAUACCCUCCCGACUCAUACAUCCACCCGACAUUGCUGCUGCCUCAUUGGUGUUCAAUGCGCAUGCCUUGCCAACAAUCUACGGAGAACGAAACCCGGACAUGAAUUGACCGAGGACUAGGGACACUCGAGGUUGCCGAUGGGCGCAUGAGGCCGCAGUGCAGGCACCGGCUUCACGAGAGCCAUGUACUGGCCGCUCGGGACUCCCCGAAUCUAUGCAACAAGCAACUCCCCUCAGCCGAGCUCAUUGCGCGUUGUCUCCCAUGAUGGCCUUCCGGGCCCCAUCUCUGCUGGACGCUUCGAGGGCCAAUCCGAUAGGAAUUCGCUGCUGUCGCCGAGCUCCGCUGCCGCACCAGACGGUCCGCUUCCUCCGCCAGCACCCGGCCCCGCGACAGCACCCCUCACACCGGUGACACCAAUCACCCCGCUGACUCCCGGCAUCAAACCCGUCGAACACGACUAUCCCGAGGAGGAAGGCACCUCGGAGUAUUUCGCGCGACCCGAACCCCCAGACAUUCCACUGCACGAGCCCAUCCUCGCUCUACGCGUCGCCCGGGGAGGCCACAUCUUUGCUGUCAUCACGGAGACAUCUAUGACACUCUGGCAAACAAAGCCAACUGUCGUCCUAGCUGUUGUCGUCCGCUCUGCGACUUCACUCCAAACCUACGGCACCAAUACCAACUUGCUGCUCCGGCCAGAUGCAGCAAUCUUAGUCGUCCAUACGAGCUUGGGAUAUCUCAUAACAUACUCGGUUGCCACAGACCCCGAAGCUCGGGUCUACCAGCCACACUUUGUCAACCACACCAAUGUCCAACGGAGGCGCCAAAACCAUGCCGGGGAUCCCGGCCAUACCGCCCCUGACCAGAUACUUUGGGGUCCAGGUGAAGGGCCUGGGGUGAAGGAUGUCAGCGUCCGCUUCCGGAUGGUGAUCAAGGUGGACGCCGGGAUCGAAAGCGCAUUGGCGCUCGACGACGAAUUGGUCGUGGCCACCCGCAGGCCCGCGGCUGUGCAGUGCAUCCGCUGGGCGCCUGACAGCUCGGGGAGCCAGACAAGCACAGAGCUGCUGAGCCGGAUGGGCUGGCUAGGAAAAAAAGUGACAGUCAAGGAGAUGACGCACGACAGACCUAUGAACCUGUCGACAUGGAUUACCAGCGAUGGCAGGGCAUACGCCGUGCAACGAAUGACUCCUAGUCACACCGACAGCGGCUCUACUGAGCCAGCUGACCCCAAGAAGUUAUUCCGAGGUUAUUGCUUUCACACUCCCCAGAGUAACCAGGAUUACGCUGUGCGCUCCGUGGUCAACGCACGCUUCUCACUGAUAGCGGUCGGGUGUGCCGACGGCAGCGUCCAUGUGUACUCUGCAAGAGACUACUCUGGCAAUAUACCUCCCUCUCAUAUCCACACCUUGCCGGCAUCUGCUGCCACGUGCGGUAAGCUCACGACUCUGAGCUACUCCCCUGACGGCUACUGCCUGUUCGCUGGUUUCGAGAACGGUUGGGCAACCUGGAGCGUCUACGGAAAGCCGCUGAGUAACACUUUCCAUGCUGAUCAUGCGGUCUCGUCUGCGAAUGGAGAAGCGUGGCUUUCGGGCGUGCUUGAUGCCGCCUGGGUUGGCGGCUCCUGUGAGCUCCUGCUCACCAGCAGAUCGCACGAGGCAGUAUGGCUUCUGGAGAUGGCCCGGAGCGCAGUAACCGGCUGUUACAAUCCCGCCAACCUGUUCCGCACAGUCCUGCAGAGCACCUCAAGCGUGAUGGUAUAUAGAGGCUACGACUUGCCCGACCUCACGUCCAUCUCGGCCGAACCGUCGCUUUGGCACACAUCCCGGAUCCCCGCAGUCUAUCUCCUGAACCAGUGGCCCAUCAGGUGUACAGCCAUUUCGUCAGAUGGCAGAUACGUGGCCGUCGCAGGCAAGAGGGGCUUGGCUCAUUACAGCGUCAACAGCGGCCGGUGGAAGACAUUUGGUAACGAAGCCAUGGAGAACGAGUUCCAGGUCAGGGGCGGCAUGUGUUGGUACCAGAACGUCCUGGUAGCGGCCGUGGAAGCGAACAGGUCCUUCGAGCUGCGCUUAUACUCGCGCGAGGCAGCUCUCGACAGCGGCACGGUGGCUUAUACGCAACAGAUGGCGGCGCCGAUUGUCCUAAUAACGGUGACGGGCGAAGACUCGUUGUUAGUUUACACCUACGAUAACCUCCUCUACCACUACGUUUUUGCUCCUAUGUCGGGCUCCAUCAAGCUCAUCGAAAUGGGUCACAUAGCCUUCCACGGCAUCGUACGGUCGCCUGCAAGAGUGAGAGGUCUCAGCUGGAUUCUACCGGAUCACCAGCUACUGGAAGGAGAUCCAUCCCAGGACGUAGCCCAUGCGUCUGUGCUCUUUUUGGUGGACGGGAAGCUGGUCCUCCUACGACCGUCACUGGCUGAGGGCGGCUUGAAGUACGAUAUGCGUGUCAUCGCCCAUAAUGUCGAGUACUAUCUCAGCAUGAGAGACCAGCCACGUACGGCAGAAUCCGCGCCACAACGUCUGAUGCAAGCAGCGGAUGGCGUGGGAAGCGGGAGCCUGGAGGAGUCGCUCUGGCUCUUUGAUGGCAGCGAGCUGAAAGUCUGGCCGGACAUGGAGCCCGUGAUGAAAGCCAUAUCGGGUGGGAUCUCGCGGAAUUUGCCCCCCAUGGUUCCGUCGCCUGUCGACUUCUAUCCGCUUUCGGUCCUUCUUCCCAAAGCUAUAGUGCUCGGCGUAGAGCCCGAUCUCAUACAGCGGCGCGACAUCGGCUUCUCCUUCUUCCGCUUCUCCAUCAGGACUCACCUCUUCCUACCCGACAUCUUGCGCUUCUACCUGACGGCGAAUAGAGCUGCCGAAGCCUUGCGGUUGGCGCAACAUUACGAGCACUUGGAAUACUUUGCCCAUGCUCUGGAGAUUCUCCUGCACCACGUCCUUGACGAAGAGGUUGAUGCGAGCCCCAACCCAGCCCCCGAGCACGCCAUCCUCCCGCGUGUGCUGUCGCUUCUGUCAUCGUUCCGACAAUACCUCGACAUUGUGGUGCAGUGCACCCGCAAAACGGAAGUCAGGUCCUGGCGAACGCUGUUUGCUUAUCUACCGCCGCCACAGGAGCUCUUUGAGGAAAGUCUCCAACGCGGCAGCCUCAAGACGGCAGGCGGUUAUCUCUUGAUCCUCCACACCUUCGAUGAACUGGCAACAGCGAGCGAGCAGAGCGUGCGGCUUUUGAGCCGCGCGAUACACGAGGAAGACUGGGACUUGUGCAAAGAGCUCGCGCGGUUCCUUGCGGCGCUCGAUGAAACUGGCGAUACGCUACGAGAAGCAAUGGACAUGGUCAGAGCUCGAAUGAGCCAGGGGCACGAGGCCGAUGACGUAUCUGCUAGGAACGAGUUCAUGGCAAGACUUGAAAUCCCCUCAGGUGGUAUCUACCCGUCUCUCAGCAGGGUUUCAGGGACAGGCAGCGUCGGGCGGAUAGGGGGAAGCGAUUCAGAAGCGGAGGGCCGAUCUGCCAGUGACGCUGGCAGCCUCACCAGCGGCGCUCGUUCGGAACCCAGGGACGACUAUCCGUAGGCGGAAGCAGCUCUGGCGGUAUCCAAAGGAGGUCUAGCAGGGCGUUCGAUAGGUAAUAACAUUAUUCAUCAGCACGUUUAUUCUGUGCUGCACGGACACUCAUCGAACGAAACCGCUCUGCGUCGCUGGACUCGGAAGGCAUCGUCAAACUUGGAACAAUUAUCGUAGGGCAGCGUCGGUGGCUUAAUAUAGAGAAAGACAUUAGCAUUGGCCAUCC